CGGAAACCGGCGCUGGGCGCGCACCGGGGACGGCGCCCAGGGUCGAGCGCAGGCUGGGACAUGUCUGGCCCCCGAGGACAGCCUGUGGGCUAUGGCUGCAGAGGAGGAGUGGCUGGAGCCCGAGGCAGCUGCUCCAGAAGAUGCUGCGGGAGAGGUUGUGGAUGCUGUGGAUGGCGAGCCUGGGGACCCCCAUCUCCUGCUUGGGAACCGGUUGAACCUGCACCUGUACCCCCGGGGCUGCCACCGGCUGUUACAUCUGUGUGCGCAGCGGGCCCCGCAGCUGCUGGAAGUGGAGUUCUUGCAAUUGAGUGGCCACGAGGACCCUCGGCUGUUGGAGGCCACCCUGGCCCAGGUGCCGGCCAACCUGCAGCACCUUCGCUCCCUGGUCCUCAGAGGUGGACAACAGCAGGACGUGCUGGGGGCCUGCUCCCGGGGCUUCCUCACCACACUGCCCGCUGGCCUGAGUGACUUGGCCCGCUUGGCCCACCUAGAUCUGAGCUUCAAUAGCCUGGAGACACUGCCGGCCUGUGUCCCGCAGAUGCGUGGCCUGAGCACCCUCCUGCUGUCUUACAAUUGCCUCUCAGAGCUCCCGGAUUCCCUUGGAGCCUUUCCCUCCCUCUCCUUCCUCUCUGUGAGCCACAACUGCCUGCGAACGCUGCCCCCAGCACUGGGAUCCCUGUCCGCCCUGCAGCGCCUUGAUCUCUCAGAGAACCUUCUAGACACCCUGCCCCCAGAGAUUGGAGACCUGAGCAGCCUCACCGAGCUCAAUCUGGCUUCCAACCAGCUGCAAGGCCUGCCGAUCUCCCUUGGUAAGUCGGAGUCGUGCUCCUCUGGCUCCCUGGGCCUGACAGGGAGUGCCCUUCAGCCGCUGCCUGGUUCCACUCUUGUCCUCCAUGGGGGCCCCUGCACACACUGGCUUGGCCCACCUUGGAGCCUUCAGUCCUCCUUGGUGGCCCUUGUUUGCCGUCCCUCCCUGGCCAGGGCGGGGAGUGGCCCCGAGGGUCCUCUGCCCACCCUUAGCUGCCCCCUGCCCCCAGUGGGGCUGCGGUCCUUGCGGUUCCUUAUUUUGCACAGCAAUCUCCUGACCUCGGUGCCCUCUGGCCUGGCCCACCUCCCACUGCUUGCCCGACUGGAUCUGAGGGACAACCAGCUUCGGGACGUGCCUCCCGAGCUACUGGAUGCCCCCUUUGUGCGCCUUCAGGGGAACCCCCUGGGCAAGGCUCUACCUGCCUCCCACAGUGCCCCAGAGACGCCUGUGACCCGCGAAAUGCCCAGACUGUUCCUGAACUCAGACUUGGACAGCUUCCUGGUGACUCCCCAAGGCUGCUUGGUGACCCUGGCCUGUGGGGUCCGCCUGAGGUUUCCUGCUGGGGCCACCGCUGACCCUAUCAACAUCCACUAUCGACUCCGGCUGCCAGAGCCACGCCUUGUCCCCUUGGGUCCCCAUGACGCCCUGCUCAGCGCUGUCCUGGAGCUGCGGCCCCAUGGGGUGGCCUUCCAGCAGGCACGGCCAGGGCAUUCGGGGAGGGGGGCAGAGCAGGCGGGCCCAGGCAUGGGCCCCAGUGCUCACACCAGCCCGGCCUGGCAGGAGGUGGGCCUGUGGCUACUCUUUGUGCCCCCCCGGGCCCGGCGCUGCCGUGAGGUGGUGGUCAGGACCCUGAGUGAUGACAGCUGGAGCGACUUGGAGACGCACCUGGAGGAAGAGGCACCCAAGCGGCUUUGGGCUCACUGCCAGGUGCCCCACUUCUCGUGGUUCCUCGUGGUUUCACGUCCUGUAUCCAACACCUGCCUUGUGCCACCGGAGGGGACAUUGCUGUGCUCCUCUGGACAUCCUGGGGUCAAAGUCACAUUCCCCCCUGGUGCCACCGAUGAGCCUCGUCGCGUCCGCAUGCAGGUGGUACACAUGGCUGGCAGAGAGCUUCGAGCCCUCCUUGAGGAGCCCGGGGCGGCGGCCAGCCCCCUGCUGUGCCUCUCCCAGCGUGGCACCUCCAGCUUCCUCCAGCCUGUCACCGUGCAGCUGCCUCUGCCCCCUGGUGUCACAGGCCUGAGUCUGGAUCGCACUUGUCUUCACCUGCUGUACUGGGCGCCUCCUGCAGCGGCCUGGGAUGACAUCACAGCCCAGGUGGUGCUGGAGAUCACCCACCUGUAUGCUCGCUUCCGGGUCACACACUUCUCUUGGUACUGGCUCUGGCACACCACCAAGAGCUGUGUGCAGGGCCUGGCUCGGAAAGCCUGGGAGCGCCUGCGGCUGCACCAGGUCAACCUCAUCGCCCUGCAGCGGCGCCGGGACCCCGAGCAGGUCCUGCUCCAGUGUUUGCCCCGCCGCAAGGUGGACGCCACCCUGCAGCGGCUGCUGGACCGGUACCGAGGCCCUGAGCCCUCUGACACAGUGGAGAUGUUCGAGGGCGAAAAAUUCUUUGCUGCCUUCGAGAAGGGUAUUGACGUGGAUGCUGAUCGCCCAGACUGUGUGGAGGGCAGGAUCUACUUCGUGUUUUACUCACACUUGAAGAACUUGAAGGAAGUGUAUGUGACCACCGCCCUGGAUCGGCGGGCUCAGGCUGUGAGGGGCCAGGUGUCCUUCUACCGGGGAGCAGUGUCGGAGGAGGUGCCCGAGGAGGCAGCGGCUGCCCGGCAGAGGAAGGGCGCAGACCCCCUGUGGAUGGCCACUCUGCCCAUCAAGCUGCCGAGACUGCGGGGGUCCCAGGGGCCAGGGCAGGGCCAGGGGGCUAGCCUCUCCCUGGCUCCUCUGAACCUGGGUGAUGCUGAGACUGGCUUCCUGACCCAGAGCAACCUGCUGAACGUGGCUGGGCGCCUGGGCACUGACUGGCCGGCUGUGGCCCUGCACCUGGGCAUGCCCUACCGAGAGCUGCAGCGCAUCCGACACGAGUUCCGGGACGACCUGGACGGUCAGAUCCGUUGUAUGCUCUUCUCCUGGGCUGAGCGCCAGGCAGGGCAGCCUGGGGCCGUGGGUCUCCUAGUGCGGGCCUUGGAGCAGAGCGACCGGCUGGAUAUAGCUGAAGAGGUGAGGGCUAUCUUGGAGCUCGGCCGCCAAAAGUACAAGGACAGCAUCCAGCGUGCAAGCCUCGCCCCCAGGGACCUUGCCCCACCUGAGCCUUCAGCAUCACAGUCCCCAGAGUCUGCCCAGGCCUAGACCCCACUGACUUGGGGCUGGCCCCUGAUGUACCCUGGCCAACGGUCAGAUGCCCCCAUUUUCCCACCUGCCCCGUGUAUGGGGACAGUGACCUCCCCGCGUGUAACAAAUGUGUACUGUUGUGGUGGCUU